AAUAUUACUAUGAGAACACAUUUUCACAAGAAUACGUCCAUAUACAUCAUAUUUUCACUUCCUUUUGCUUCCCUGAGCGCUGCACAACAGCAAUCUCCAGCACUGCCUAGCUUAGGCUAGCCCCUCAGUGCAACAGUUAUGAGCCCGGCGACCUCACUCUGAGGAAGCGAUCGGAAGCGAUUACCAAACAAUAGCACAUCUGGCUAGCCGACUAGUCAGAAAAGCCGAAUUUACCUGAUCCAUACGCUGAUUGAUCAAAAAGCACAGAGAGCGAAAAAUGACUCCAUUCUGAUGGGCGACAGCGCCAUGAUAGACGUCCUCAUGGUUCCCACAGCAAUAGGCCUUAAGCUAUGCAUGGCAUAGGAGGUCGCUGACAAUGGCUAACCCCCAUUGUAAAAAGGGGCUGGAAAAACCAGCAAGCUGCCAAUGACCCUGACGAAGUGCACAAUAGCAGAUCAACGUCCAGAUCUAUUCAGCUAUGAGACAGAAGACAGCCAGAGGAGCAAAAGAUGAAAAUACCACUUAAAGAGGUCUUGCCUGAUCACCAAGAUUAUGCCUCAAGUGUUCAUCAUGCUACCAUCUGAGCAAUACCCAGCCAAAUAACGGCGAGACUGUUUCAAAAAUGAGACAGAUCUCAAGGUUCAGCAUUUGAGCGAUUUUUGAACCAAACAGCAACUGUGGAUGAACAGUUAGAUUGGAUCUAGGGAGAAGUCUCCAACGCAAACCCCGCAAUAAUGCUGAAACAUAAAAAAACAAUCAGAUAAGUCUCAAAAAAAUUGAAACAAAGAAAUAAAGAUGAAAGAACAAAGAGAUACUUCCUAAAGAAAAGAUUCAAAUCGAGAACCAGAAGGCUAAUCAAAGAACUUCAGAAGAAAUCUAACGAAAUGGAGUCAACCAUGUCAACUAUGCAAAGCGGAGUUCAACUGAGAUCACCUCAGGACUGGAUAUGGUGGUACUCCAUGAUCAAAGCAACUGCCUUAGAUCAUGAAGCGUGGUCCUACUGUAAUCCUGAUCAAAUAGACGAGCUGACACCGCUCGAAGACCCAGGUCAAAUGACUAUUACUCAAGAAAGGACAUACUUACACCGUGCCAAUGACUACAAAAAGAAGAGAAAAGGUCUCGCAACAGUAAACACAACUAUACAUAACACUGUCUCUCAAGACUACCAAUCCUACCUUGAAGAUGUCUUUACACCAAGAGAGAGACUUACUAGGCUCCGUGCAGCAAUUAAACCAUCUACUAGGCAACUAGAAGACUCAGUGCGAGAAGAGUAUGAAAGUUUGACUAGAGGCACCAAGCACAACAUGCUCGACAAGUGGCUCAAUCGCUGGAUCACUCUAGCACCUAGGUUAAGAACCCUAAAUAUACCAAACCUUGGUGAAGCACAAGCAUGUCGCGGCUUUAUAUACGCUACAGAAACUCUGAACCCAGUCUUCUACAAUGCCGCGAUGGCACGCCUUGGUGAAGCAGAUAUCAAGGCUGACAACUAUAAUCAAAUUAAGAAAGUAUUUGAGUUACUGCGAGACAAUCUUCCAACGUCCACAAAUGAUGGAAAUAGUACACUAGAUACAAUAUAUGUGACUUUAACUUGGCAUAAAGACUUCGAAGAGCAACUUAAGAUAAUUCAAGAGGUUCAUAAUCCAAAUCAUCUUACACUUACAAGUCUGGUGGGACAAUUCAGAGCUAUGCUUCCCAGUAGACUGAACAAUAAGAAACAAACGUGA